GCGGCAGAAAACAGGCGGUGCUGACGACCCCGGUGGUGCGGAAGUUGGGACAACGCGAGGCGCCAGGGAAGCAAGUGGCAAGGCGACGGGUCAUGCAUUGCGCAAGAAGGGCCGACCCGCAGCGAGGAGAACAUCCGGCGGAAGGAGGGGCAAGAAAGCGGGGGAUGCGGGGGAUGAGGAGGAGGAGGAGGGGGAGGAAGAGGAGGACGAAGAGGAGGAGGACGAGGAGGAGGACGAGGAGGGGGGCGACGAGGAUGAGGAGGAGGCGCAGGAGGAGGAGGAGGAGGAGGAGGAGGAGGAGGAGGAGGAGGAGGAGGAGGAGGAGGAGGAGGAGGAGGAGAGGGACGACAAGGAUGAGGAGGAGGAGGAGGAGGAGGAGGAGGAGGAGGAGGAGGAGGAGGAGGAGGAGGAGGAAGAGGAGGAGGAGGAGGAGGAUGUGGCGGCAGCAUUGGGCCACCGGUAA